AUGAAGGAUCUUGAUGAAGUCGGUGAUCUAGUUGGUGGAGGUGAUUCACAAAUGCUAAGCCUUUUAAGACCGUACUAUUCGUUAGUGGAAAUGGCUGCGAAUGGAAAUCAUCAGGGAAUUGGUUCUUAUAUGCAUGUUUUACCUGAUGAAGAAUACGGUGACAAACCGAUCUACAGCCUCGGCGGUUCAAUCAGUGGUGGUAUAGAACCGGCUGGAAUAAAACAAGCUUUCUUAACACGACCACUCGGAUAA